UUGGAGACUUUAGGAACCACAAGUAACCCUGCAUUCUCAGAGCACAGUGUUCUGGUGGGAUAAUCAGGGCCGUCGUAUAGGGGGGAAAGGUGAUGACAAUUUUAAGGGCCCACAGCCCACUAGGGCCCACACACAGCCCCCAGUAGCCUCUAUGACUAAAUUAUUAUGCAUAGACUUAACUAAUAUAUAUUCAUACUAAUGAAUCCGAACUAAAACAAAGCCACAAAGUCACACAAUAUUUUAAUUUUAAUAAUUUCAAUAACCCCCUUGGCCCCUUCUUAAAAAAUGGUUUGGUCCACACCAAGGUUCACUCUUCAUCAUGGGAAUUAAGUAAGCGAGAGCAAACUCCAGCAGGGAGUGAGGGAAAUCAAAUAGGCUAGGUGAUGGCCCCCAAAAAACACAAAUCUGGACACCAGAAAAGACUUGAGAAGGAGGCCAGGAGUAGGAGCAGCAGAGCAGGGGCCCAGGACAUCAAACAAUUUUUCUCUAAGAAUGGUGAGAGUAAAACUACCGAGGGCGGCUGAAACGAUUAGCCUACUUGUUCAUUCAUUUAUUGUCUGUAACUUUACCUUUGACGGGCAGGCUGGAGCCUAUGUUAGCUGUCUCAUCGGGCCGGGCUAAACUCUGGACAAGUCGCCAGUUCAUUAAAAAGUCGCCAGUUCAUUAUAGAGCAACGAUUCCUAGUGUAGCUAGCUAACUGAACAUUACUAAUUUGGAGGCUACUACAGCGGACUGUGUGUUUCACACAUAUCACUGUCAGACAGUGCUCCACAGUAUGCACCCACUCAGAGGCUGCAUUGAAUUGUAUUAUGACGCAUUCAAGUUCUACUCAGUAAUUAUGAGCAUCAUGCGAAGAUCAGUUACGUUAUCAUGAUGUGUUCAAAUGUGGUCUUGUAAAAAUGUGUGGGACGUUUGAAUAGCCUAAAUACAAAAAAGUUAAAUGUUCAAAGAUUUGUUGUUGUUGUUUGUUUUCAUAUCAAUAUAAAAUAAAAGACACCAUAAUAGCUGACAACAACAAAGUAAAAAGACCAUUUAGAAUUUUGGACAGUUUACAAGGACUUUUGAAUGGUUUAAAAAUAUUUUUUGCCUGGCAAAGUGAAGCUGUCUGCCUAGAGCUAUGGUACUAAGAAGCCCAUUUAGAUUUUGUGUAUUCCAAGACUAGGUUAGUUCUGCAACAGUUUUUCCAUGAAACAUAACAUUUAAUGUUUACAAUAUAUAUUGUAAUAUAUAAUGGAACAAUAAACCUUUAUGCUCUGCUGCUCCAGAAUCAGCAGUGGCUGCUUCGUCUGAGUUUGACCCCGCAGCAGACCCUCACCCCCAGCAGUCCAAUGAUGCCUUUAAUGAGCCAGGCCCAAGUCCCCAAAGCAAGGCUACUUCAGAUAGUGAAGAGAAUUGUGAAGCAGAUCGAAGCUGUUGCAGUCAUGAAACUGCUGAAGACAGUCAGAGCACAGGAAGUACAGAAAGACAGGAAAGAGAGAACAAGGAGGAAGAAUAUUUAAAAUGCGACCCAGGAUUAUGGCCAGAGAAGCUCACAGACCACGAUCGUGAGAUUAUUGUCAAAAAGCUAGCCACAGUCACUCAGACAGACCUGACCUUGAUAAUGCCAAAUGAUUCAGAAGGAAGGAAAUUUCCAGAGUAUUUACAGUAUACAAAGUCAACAAAUGGACGGGAAAAACAGAAGAGAGACUGGUUAAUGUACAGUGAAAGCGCAAGGGCAAUAUACUGUGUGCCAUGCAUGUUAUUUUCCUGUGAUGGCCUAAAAAAACCAUCAGCCAGUGCACUUAACACCAAAGAAGGGUACAAAAUAUCAGAUCUCAAAUGGCGGAGAAUGUACAACAAAUUCCCUGACCAUGAAGUUUGCAAGGCGCACAAAACCUGCUACCUCAAGUGGAAAAAUCUGAGAUAUUCUUUGAUGGAAGCAAAGGGGAUAGACAGCCAUCUGCAACAAGAAAUCCAACUUGAAGUUGAAAGAAACAAAGCUAUUCUUGAGAGAAUAUUAGAUGUCACUCGUUUUCUGGCCUCAAGAAAUUUGCCAUUCAGAGGGAGCACAGAAACGCUUGGUGAUGUACAGAAUGGUAACUUCCUUGGCACUGUAGAACUUGUAGCCAAGUACGAUCCUCUGUUGAAUGAUCAUCUGAGAAAAGUGAAGGAGAAAAGACCAGGCACCAGAGUGACCCAUUACCUUAGCUCAGAGUCUCAAAAUGAGUUCAUAGAACUCUGUGGAGAUAGAGUUUUGAAAGAAAUACUGAAGGAAAGGGAGUGUGCAAUUUAUUACUCAUUAAUAUGUGAUGCAACUCCUAAUGUCUCCCACAAGGAACAGAAUGUAAUUCUGCUGAGAUAUGUCGUUCAGAAGGAGAAUGAUCAGUGGGAUGUAACUGAACGUUUCUUGCAGUUUGAAGAAUUCAGUGGCAAGACUGGCCAUGAAAUAUCAGAGAUGAUACUGAAGACGUUAGAGGAGCACCACACUGACAUUGCAGACUGCAGAGGCCAGGGCUUUGACAAUGGCUCGAACAUGUCAGGAAAAGUUAAAGGGGUCCAGGCUGAAAUAAGGAAAAUAAAUCCACUUGCUACAUAUUCACCAUGUGCCUCACAUACUCUAAAUAUUGUUGGAGUACAUGCUGCAGAGUCAUGUACCGACGUUUCAACAUUUUUCGGGUGUUUGAAUCACUUGUACAAUAUCUUCAGUGCCAGCCCAGAGAGAUGAAAGAUCAAAGAAAAGACUGGCUGCUCCCUUCACCGCAUGUCUGAUACCCGUUGGAGUGCCCGCAUAGUGGCUGUUAAACCAGUUGCAAAUCACUUACCAUCGCUCAUAGAGGCCCUGGAUAGCAUCCUUGCUAGAUGCAGCUUGACUAAUGAAGUCAAAUCAGAGGUCACUGGUCUGAGGAGUUAUUUUACAUCUUUCAAAGCCAUUGUUCUCCUGACUGUCUGGAAAAAAAUACUGCAGUCCAUUGAAGACAGAAACAUAAUUUUGCAGUCAGGAAAAAUUACACUAGAUGUGGAAGCAGCCAACAUAGAGGCACUGAAGGAAGAAAUGCAGGUCUUUCGCGACUCAUGGGAUGACUUCCUUGCAGAGGCUUCCCUCAUCGCAGAAGCUACGGAUGUUCCCACUGGAUUUCCAGUCAGCCACAAGCGAAAGAGAAAACGUUUUGCAGAUGAGAGUCAGUGGUCAGAAUAGGGAAACCAACAGGAGACAGAAUCAAAUCUGUUUCGAAACAAUGUUUUCUAUGUGGCAUUAGAUAACAUCAUCUCUGCCUUGGACAGCCGCUUUCAAGCCAUUGCAAAUAUCUGUGAUGAAUUUGCUGCAAUACUGAAAAUCAAGGAUUUAAAAGAUGAUCAGAUUCACUCAGUUUGCCAUUCAUUAACAAGCAAAUACAAACAAGAUCUUAGUGCUAAUUUUGAAAGUGAUGUGCAACAUUUGAGGUCUGUUCAUAGUGCCACAUUUUCAGACUGCCAUUCUCCCCUUGAACUGCUGAAUUCCAUCUAUAAACUUCAGCUCCAGAGCAUUUUUGGUGAAGUAUGUGUUGCCAUCUGAAUCUUCUGUACAUUACCUGUGACUGUUGCAGGUGGAGAAAGGGCAUUUAACAAACUAAAACUAGUUAAAAACUAUCUCAGAUCCACAACAACCCAAGAGAGGCUAAAUAGCCUUGCUAGACUUUCAAUUGAAAGUCAGCUAAGCCGACAGUUGGACUUCAAAGACCUCAUCAGUGACUUUGCCAACAAAAAGGCCUGGCGUUGGGCUUUCUGAUCAGACUGACAGUGAACAAACAAGCCAAUUUAAACCUAAAUUGAGAUUAGAUGAGGCUUCUUUUUGAUAUUUAUUUUACAACAACGUAUUUCAUGUGCUGUUUGUUUUACUUGCACAUUUAAGUUAAAUGCUACAUAUCUACCUUGGGCUUCACCUUGUGGACUAUCUUGAGCCAGGAUGUUUUUUUGCAUAUCAGUGCUUGAUUGUUACAAUAAAAUACCCACUACCUAUUUGUUGAGUGGUUAAUUGAAAAUGUAUUUGCAAUCAGAGGUGUAAUAACAUGUUGCAAAUCAGAGAAAUGGGAAUAAGACAACUAAUAAUACAUAAUUUACAUAAUAAUACUCCGACUUGUUGAUGGGUUAAUUGUAAAAAAAGAAAAAUUGGGUGUAUUACACCAGGCACCAUCAAGAACACUGAAAAACAGAAAAAUGAAGAAAAACAUCAUAAUACACAGUUGUAAAAAAAGUGGCAAUGAAUGGGGUAGAGGGGCCCACACUGAUAUUCUUUCAGGGGGCCCAGAAUUCCUAGCAACUGCCCUGGGGAUAAUAUGGCACUAUGAGCUCCCUAAGAUAUGAUGGAGCCUGACCAUUUAGAGCUUUGUAAGUUAGGAGAAGGAUUUUAAAUUGAAUUCUGGAUUUUACAGGGAGCCAGUGCAGAGAAGCUAAAACAGGAGAAAUGUAAUCUUGUUUCUUAGUUCUUGUCAGUACACGUGCCUCCGCGUUCUGGAUUAGCUGGAGAGUUUUCAAAGAUGUCACAUUUAUUACUUACAAUUGAUAAUAUCAAGUAUAGUUCUGUCGGAACGGCUGACGCAUUCCAUACUGGGAAAACAUUAUUAUUAUUGAUUAAACAUUUACCAGUUUUUAGGCUCUCAUAUUUCUUAUCAACUGUACUAAUCCUGUAUGUUGCAUUGUGAUUUACUGUCCACUCAAAUGAAGGACUUCUUGAUCAUAUUGAAUCAAAAAAUUAAGGAUGCAUGAACUGCUUUUUUUUAAUAUCUAAUCUAUACAAACAAGCACAAUUUUAGGUUUCCUUUUAAAACCACUUACUACCUUUUAAAUAAUUCAGCCAGUAAGAAGAGAAAGAUUGUAAAGGUUAUCCUCCUUGAAAUAAUCAGUGGUAUAAGACUGUAGUGUCCCCCACAGCCCUCAUAGUGAGCCACACCUCUCCUGUACCACUUUAUCAAUUGACCAACUUUGAUACUGUUUACUGUACUCAUUUUUCCAUGUGCUACCUGAAAUUGUCCCUCCCAGAUUACUAAAAGAUGCCAUUUAAGUUAUCGGACCAUCAAUGCUUGCUGUUGUGAACCAACCAAAUAACCAUUAUUCCUUCAAAGUGGCCACAGUUCAGCCCCUUCUAAAGAAACUGCACCUUGAUCCUUGCACACCAACGAACCGUACAUCUACUUCUAAGCUUUCUUUAACAGUAAACAUUUGUGAUAAAAUAAUAUGCAAGCAACUUCUGCAACUUAAUAGCCCCUUUUACACUGCCAGAUUUUCGGUGAAUGUUGGGCCAUUUUGCUGGCAAGCUGCGAGCGUUUAG